AAAUAGAAUAGAAUAGAAUAGAAAAGGUGACAGGUGGCAAUAGAUAAGUGGGUACAGGGGGGCAUGGGAAUGUGAAUGAAUGGGGUCCCAUUUCCAUUUCCAUUUCCAUAUCCAUUUCCAUUCCCACGCGGGACAUUGAACUAUGAAAACAGUCAAACACCAAACCCCCAACACUCCAAUACCAACCAUUUCCAUCCCCCCUCGAAAUUUCCUUCCUUUUCUUUUCCUUUUUUUUUUUUCUUUUUUUUUUUAAAUUCCCCCAUUUGCUGGGAUUCUGGAUAAGCUUCACACCUUCAUCCACUAUUUUCAACUUCUCCUUUUUCUUUUCUAAAAAUUAUUUUCUUUUACAAACAAACAUAUCACUCUAACCUCUCACUUCCAUCCAUCUUUUAUACUUACAAACAUUUCAUUUAAAGUAAAAAAAAAAAAAAAUUCAAUUUUCAAUUUUAAAUUUAUACCAUCAUUAUUAUUUUAGAAUAUGAAUGGAUAUAAAUAUAACACAUAAGUUUAGCUGUUUAGGUAUAUAUAUUUGUCAAAAGAUUUAAAAUAAAAAGAAACUUUUCCAUUUUAAAAAUAUUUUUCAAAUAUGGUAUUUUCCAUUCCACGCGCUGUUACCAUUCCAAACACGCCUUUGUGUCGUUCAAAAUUAUACUACCACCUAUAAAUACCCAUCCCCUUCCUUCAUUCCUUCUCCAAAAAAAUCAUAAUUCACCCAUUUUUUUCCACAAUAGCGAAAUUUCAGUUCACUAUUCGAUCUCGGAUCAGAGAUGGUUGAUUUGGGUUGGAAGGCAAACAUGGUUUCCUCCGACAAGACCACCACCACCACCACCACCACUAAAUCCCCUAAGAUCAUCCCCAUCGCCAACAACAAGCUUAAUCUAUCUCUUCCCGUUUCCUUCCGCUCUUCAGAGCUCUCCACUGCUUCACCUUCCUCUUGUUCCUCAUACGAACAGUACCUUCGUCUCAUCGAUCUCAGGAAGUUAUGGAGUUCUAAGGAGUUCCCUGAAUGGAGGAAUGAGUCGGUGUUGAAGCCGGGUUUACAGGCUUUGGAGAUUACUUUCCGGUUCAUAUCGACCGUUUUGUCUGAUCCACGUCCGUACGCGAACCGGCGGGAGUGGAAGAGGAAGCUUGAGUCUCUUACCACCACUCAGAUCCAACUCAUUGCUAUGAUUUGUGAAGACGACGAAGAGGACGGUGAAUCACGCGGUAGAGUUCCGAUUGUUGAUCUGAGUUCAUCAGACGGUAUGGUUACUCGCGACGGAAGCUCCGCGGAGGUUUGGAAGGUUCAUGGAGAAGCCACCGUUGUGAACAGAACGAGUGAAUCGAGUCUUCUUCCUCGACUUGCGUCAUGGCAGAGCUCUGAAGACAUUGCGCAGUUGAUUCAAUACUCCGUUGAAUGUGAGAUGAGGAGAUGUCCGUACACGUUAGGGUUAGGGGAACCGAAUUUGGCUGGGAAACCGAAUCUUGAUUACGACCUAAUUUGUAAGCCAAACGAGCUUCAUUCUCUGAGGAAGAGUCCGUACGAACAAAUCGAAAAUUACGAGAAUCAAACGGUUUACACAACGCACCAGAUCCUGGAGUCGUGGAUUUACUCCGCGCAUGAACUUCUGAAACGAAUUGAAGAGAGAAUCGAGAAGAAGAAUUUCGCGGGAGCUGCGAGUGAUUGUUAUAUGAUGGAACGGAUCUGGAAGCUUCUACAAGAGAUUGAAGAUCUUCAUCUUCUAAUGGAUCCGGAUGAUUUCCUAAAGCUGAAGAAUCAGCUAGCGAUCAAAUCACUUCAAGAAUCUGAAGCGUUUUGCUUCAGAUCGACGACGUUGGUGGAGAUUACAAAGCAAUGCAAGGAUCUGAAGCACAAGGUGCCGUUGAUCUUGGAUGUGGAAGUUGAUCCAAUGGGGGGACCAAGGAUUCAAGAGGCGGCGAUGAAAUUGUACAGCGAGAAACAAGAGUGGGAGAAGAUCCAUCUUCUUCAAGCUAUGCAAGCGAUUGAAUCGGCGAUAAAGAAAUUCUUCUUCGCAUACAAGCAAGUUCUGGUAAUGGUGAUGGGAAGCUUAGAGGCGAAGGGGAACCGAGUUGUGGUGAGUUCGAACUCGGAGGAUUCAUUGAGUCAGAUAUUUCUAGAACCCACUUAUUUUCCGAGUUUAGAUGCUGCUAAGACGUUUCUUGGGGAUUUACAUAGUGUUUUCGGGUCGGAUCGGAGGACCCGGAUGAAGACUUAGGACGACUCGGGUUGACCCAGUCAAUACACAAAGGUUGACUUUGGUUCUAUAUUUUUAUUUAUAUAUAUAUAUAUAUAUAUAUAUAUAUAAUUAGGUCUGCUUCCCAUCCCCCACACCUAAAAUGCAAAAAUGAAAAAUACAUCAAAUUAAAUUAAUUGUUUUUAUUAUAGAAAGGAAUGUACAAUCUUUGUAUUCUAUUAAACAUUUGUUUUCAUUAAUCUAAUUUUAAUUCAUACAUUUAAAUUACAAAUCCAAUC